GGCCCAUGGGUCCAUUUUCAAAAGAACCACAUCGGGUAAUUGUGAAAUGUGAAUAAUCUUCUCAUUCUCUCUGGAACACCGAACACCCUUUGCUUUCUGAGUCUCUCUAGGAUGUGGGGAAGUGCAGAUGGAGGAGCUCCAGAAGUCACUCUCGAGACUUCCAUGGGUUCUUUCACGGUCGAGCUUUACUACAAGCACGCACCGAGAACUUGCAGAAACUUCUUAGAACUCUCCCGCAGAGGCUACUACGACAACGUCAAAUUCCACAGAAUCAUCAAAGAUUUCAUAGUCCAAGGUGGAGAUCCCACUGGCACAGGAAGGGGAGGAGAAUCCAUUUAUGGAUCAAAGUUUGAGGAUGAGAUAAAACCCGAGCUGAAACAUACUGGAGCUGGUAUUUUAUCCAUGGCAAAUGCUGGUCCAAAUUCAAAUGGAAGCCAAUUCUUUAUUACCCUGGCCCCAGCACAAUCACUGGAUGGUAACAAUAUGAUCCUACUCAAUAAUUACCAUUACAAUUUAUUUAAUCUAUCUUUAUGGAAUGUUCAUGAAAUGUGCAAACUUUUUUCUCCUGUAAAUAGGAAAAGUGGGUCCCUUUUAUCACCGGGAAACAGGAUAAGUGUGAGGGCUGACCAGAAACUUGAUUGUUUUUACACUCUUUGAUCCACUUAAUUAGCAUACACCUUGUAAGCAUUCCAUUGUAGGAUCACACCCAGAAUACAUUCUGCUUAUCUGCUUGAUCUAAUUCUCAUAGACUCAUAACUUUGUGCAAUCUUUGUCAGCACUUGCAGAUGGGCUGUGAGCAUGAAAUUACAUGAUUAAAAUUGCUUACAGCUUCUUAUUCUUCUCCUUCUCCUUUGUUUAUGUCCUUACUGUAGAUUUUAAAAAUAUUGUUAUCUGAUAUUUCUUCUUCUUAUUCAUUUAUAUCCAA